CACACAGCCGACAGGCCGCACGGAUGAGUCCAUCCCAUUCGGCCGGCCGCACCACGUGCAGCCAACUUACACACAGCACCCCACUAAGAGCCCGCCAGCCAGUCAGCCGCCCAGUCCAGCGACUCAUCCUUCGAGCCACACGACCAUCCUGCAUGACAGAGAGGUCAUCCAGGGAGCGACAUUUACUCACGGCUUACACACGAGUAUCCCUCUCCCCCUUCCUCGCCCAUUAAUCGAUCUACCGCCGGCCGUCAGUACAGCCAUCCAUGCACCACACUGAAGACACAAAUUACUAUCGACGCAAAUUACUAUCGACGCUGCCCACGACGAGAUCAACAGAAUGGGCAGCUUCAAGGACUCGAGGCCUUACAUACCACGCACACGUACAAACAAGGACAUAUCUAGCCGCGAACACGUGCAGACAUAGGGACUCUGCUCGUAGAGCUCCACCAAUCGGUCCAGGAAGAUACGCAGUCGAUUUCUCGAGCAGAUGCGGCCGCGAUGGGCUGGAUAAGCAGCGAGUCAGGACGGUUCGAAGGCCAGCUGUCCCUGUCCACAUGUCAGAGCACAGGCGGGCUCCCGCGACUCACUGACACAACUGCUGGGCUGAGAUGGCGGUGGCUGAGAGGGCGGCGUGCUGCGGUGGUCGUGCUGGAAUGCUCGCUCGUGGUCUUUCGAACGAUGGCAGUCAGAUCGACAUCAGCUAGAAUGUCGUCUGCCCGUCAUGAGUAGAGUAGGGGUUGUCUUAAGUCUUGCUCAGUUGUUACACCACCGCCACCGAUAGCACGCCCCGAGGUACCACCACAGGCACUCCCACCAGGAGAUGCCGAUGGAGCUUGGCAAAAUUCGCUUGCCGCGUCCCGCUCACAGCCACUGCCACCAGCCCUCCGUCGGCGGCUGGCUGCUGUGGUCCAGGCAGACGCCCACGAUCGCGCACGGCGCACCAGCGAGGAAUUUGACAGUGCCCUGACACCCCAUACAAACACAACACAGAGCGAGAGAGGGGUGUGGUGGUGUGUCAUAUUAGUGUGUGUGACACGUCCACCCACGCUUACUGUACUGACCUGUUUGCUCGCUUCUUCUUAUUGUAUUCGUCGACCGCUGUCUUGACGAUGUCGUCGUACUCUUCCCUGAACGCUUUGAUGAUCUUGUCAGCGAGGUCCUCUGUGAGUACAAGGCGACCUACACCCAUUGAUUCACUCGAGUAAUCACCAACCCAUGCACCCCCCGACUCUCUGGCUGUCUGCCGGUCUCUCUCUGGUCUCACCGCGUGAGUCGUCGUCGAGGAUGCAACGAGUGACUUUGAUCGGGUCAAGAAGCGACUCGCCCUGGGUCGGGAAUCCGUCGAGGAAGGGGUCGUCUUGGGAGAGGUCUUCCGGCCAGUCAGGCAUGGCGAUGACCAUGUAGCUGACGCCCAGCAGAGCCGCCAGCUUUUUGAUGACGUCGAAGUAGGACGCUUCUUCGUCGAAGCGCAAAAGGAUCACUCCCUUAUGGCCAAACUUGUCCAGCUCCUCUUGGUCUCCGGGAGAGGCCUUCCGGUAGAUGAUGAAGUGCCUCGCCACAAGCAUGGGCGAUGGAGCGACGAAGAGGGUAGGUUUGCUGAUAGCCUGCUGCUCGGGAGAGGGCUGAUGAGAGAUCUCAGCGGGAGGGAUCUCCCGAUUGCGAUAGGGGCGGGCGAUAGUGAAUUUGAUCGGGUCCUUGUCCGACUGGCCCUUGGUCGGGAAUCCGCCGAGGAAGGGAUCCUCGAGCGGGAGGUCCGCCGGCCAGUCAGGCAUGUCGAGGAGCGCGUAGCUGACGCCCAGCAGAUCCGCCAGCUGUCUGAUGACGUCGAUGUAGGACGCUUCGUCGUCGAACUCCAGAAAGAUCACUCCCUUUUCGCCAUGCUUGUCCAGGAGCCUCUCCUCGUGCCUGGACGAGGCCCUCCGGUAGAUGAUGAAGUAUCUUGUCACAAGCAUGAGCGAUGGAGCGAGGAAAAGGGCAAGGUGAAGGUGAUAGCCUGCUGCUGAGGAGAGGGUUGAGGGAGAG